GCGCGCGAGCGCUCGUUCCCGAACCGCCCGGCCCGAACCGUUGGCAGCGGCUUGGGCAGCGGGCUGCGACGCUGCGUUGUGGCUGCGCACUACAACUCUCGAAACUCAUCCACUCAAUCUAUACAACAUGCUUCUAUACAGCAAAGUUCGACCGUUGUUCGCGAUAGCAGCCAUGGCGCGGGUCGGCGGCGGAGUACAGAACCUCCAAGCAUUGACAUCAACCCCGCACGACUUGAAGUUACUCUCGAACGAUGCCUUUGCAGUACUGAUCCAUCCAGCGUUGCCUCGGCAUAGUGUGCGCAUCAAGAAAUCCGAUUUCUGUGAUAGUACAGUCACAGCAUACACGGGCUACAUUGACAUCGAGGCUCGCCACCUCUUCUUUUACUUCUUCGAGAGUAGAAGUGAGCCUGAUGAAGACGACGUUAUAUUCUGGACGAAUGGCGGUCCCGGAGGAUCGUCCUCAUCGGGCCUUCUCAUGGAACUCGGUCCAUGUAACAUUGUCAACUCAAGCAGCACCGAGCAUAACCCAUAUGGCUGGAACGAUAAGGCGAACAUAUUCUUCAUUGAUCAACCCAUAGGAGUUGGUUUCUCCUACGCAGACUAUGGCGAAAUGGUCAGCACUACUGAGGAAGCUGCCGUGGACAUCGCCGCAUUUGUGGCCAUUUUCUUCGAGCACUUCAGGAAGUUCACUGGGAAAUCGUUCCACAUGGCCGGAGAGUCAUUCGGCGGCCGCUAUCUUCCGCUCUUUGCGGCCGCGAUUCUUGAUCAGAACUCCCGGCUAAUUGAAUACGGAAUCCCCCCGGUCAACUUGACAUCAGUCAUGAUUGGGAAUGGAUUAACCAACUACCUCGGGAUGUUACAGUCCUACUAUGACAUGAAGUGCACACCAGCGUCUUUGCCUCCGGUGGAAUCCAUAAGUGCCUGCGUACGGAUGAAGCAAGCGCUUCCACGUUGCUAUAAGACGAUGAAGGAAGCUUGCUUUGACGUGCUCGAUAGUAUAGGAUGUGAAGCGUCCUUGGCCUUUUGUGAGUCUGAACUCGGGUACGUGCCAGCAGGGCUCAAUCCUUAUGACCUCAGCAAAAAAUGCGAAGGAACGCUCAUGGAUACACUCUGCUAUCCUAUAACAAGAGACAUCGUUGCCUACCUCAAUACACCGGAUAUUCGAGCCCUACUUGGCACCGACCCGACACCCGAGAACUACUCAAGUGUAAACUUCGAAUUGAACGGACGAUUCAUGUCACAUCUGGACCAUAUCGGAGUUCGUUGCCCACCUUUACGGGAAUGGAAUGUCGAUGGGGCUGUCGCGGGGCUCACCAGGAGUGCGGGACCUCUGACUUUCGCAACGAUAUACGGGGCAGGGCAUAUGGUCCCUCAUGACAUGCCCAAAGAAUCUUUGGAGCUCGUCAAUCGCUGGAUAGCUCAAGAGCCGCUAUGAACGGACAGGAAUACAUUGUCAAAACGUAUUGUCAACGAACGAAGCGAAACAGCACAUCUUCCGCCUGAGCUGCGAUGUUUACUGGGCAAUGUCCAGCCGUCAACUUACGUCGAGAGAGAUUCAACAGAUCCUACGUUUGGCACGACUUAGGCGGCUGAGCGCUAGUGACUACUUAAUGUCACAGAGAUCCACCCCGUACGUGAAGACCAAAGUCACUAGUUUAGACAAACAUCAUCGGAGAUACGGAGAUCUUACCGGCAUGAAACUACAUA